AUGUUCUCUUCAGGAACGCGAUGGUUGAUGGAUGACUACCAUGCGGCUUUAUUGACAUCUCUCAUUGCCGUCUGGCUCUCGUUCGCGUGGAAAAGCGUUUUUCGCAUUGCUAAAUACUUUAUCGUCAUCUCGCUACGGCAGAUUCCCGCCAACUUGGACGUUCGAGAGAAUCAAGAGGGACGACCUCUCCUCUCAACCCGUGAUAGCGAAACUGGAACAACAACGCCUCAGAAUGUCACCGAGGUUCUUGAAAGAUCUGAUGGAGGUGCCAAGUUGAUAAAAAAUAUCGAAAAGUACGUCAGCCAAAGACGAAGCCGCCACAAAACGGUAUCGAUCGUAUUCGGCCUAGUCUUCUUCGCAAUGUUUCUCGGCUGGGUCAUCUUGGGCAUCUACUCCGCCAUGAUCAAAACCGACAAUGCAGCUUUGUGGGCUUCUGACCACUGCGGCAUCUUCUUGUUUGAUGCAGACCACGCCGGCGAAGGAGCUGCUACUCGCGCCGACGUUCGGGGCCGGAACAAGGAAUCGCGAGCUGGGGAGUACGCCAAGAGCUGCUACCAGCUCCCGGAGGAUUCAAUACUUCAAACCAAAGACUGCGGCUUCUUCUAUCAGCCUUUUAUUCCAUUCACUAACAAGACUACCUACGAAUGCCCAUUCCGGGACCCCAAGAUUUGCGCACCAGACGCUCAAGCCAUCACCUUCGACACUGGACUUGUGGACGCCAGUCGCAUAGGUGUCAACGACCCGAUCACCUACAAGUUCAGUCGAUCUACAACGUGUGUUCCUCUGAACAAUGACUACCCGUACGUACAGAGAGAGGAUAUAAAUGGUACUCCAACUUUUACCUAUCACUACGGAGAGAUUGUCGAUGAUGAUGGUAGCACAAAUUAUACUUUUUCCAGUGCUGGAGAUCCUUUCGACAUGUUGGCACCCGCGUACAACGUCAGCGCGUACGCGACUUCAUGGUAUCCCGAAUACGACUAUUGGAAGCCAAGGCCGGAACUCACUCCACCUGAGAACAGUACUCUCACUUUGUUGUUCAUCUCCGCCCUUCAUAUCUUAUAUCUCGACUCGAGCUCCGAUCCCAUCUUUGGCGCUGACGAAAAGUAUGUCUUUGAGGGAGAGCCAAGGCCCUGGUGGUAUAAGUCUGAUCCACGAUCUGGAGUCCUUGCCUGCAUCGAUUACCACCAGCUUUGCAGCCCCGAUGGCAAAAGCUGUUGGUCCGUCAAAGAGCGUCGUGAGAACCUUCCUCCUGGAUAUUGGCUUAUGAGACUUUCAAUGGAGACAGCCUCGAGCAUCUAUGACUCCAUUUUGGGACGUCUUGGCUCCGCUCUCAUUGCUCAAGAGAGAGUCUCCCAGUCUACCUCGGCUGGUCUUGGCUAUGACCAUUGGAAGCUCGAGGCUGCUCGACUCUUCGCGACGUCCUUGGCCCGAAUCCAAUUUGACGCUUGGAGCAUUGCCAGCGGGGAAGACAGAAGAGAGGAAGGCUUCGUCGACGAAACUCCAGAUGAAGCGGGGGAUUUGUGCGGCCUUUUCAAGUUUAAGACCGUUGGGUAUGAGAACAUCGACGUUCUUUGGCUUGUCAUCCUUUCGCUGCUGUCCCCCUUGCUCUGGAUUCUCAGUCAGGAAGUACGAGAUAUCCGGGACAGACGGAAUUGGGCUUGGGCCUUUAUGAAGGAUCUCUAUUCAGGACAGCGUGAGAAUGGACAACAAGACGAAGAGAGAAACUCAGAGGUUGAGAACAAUCCUUGGACUGAAGAUGAAGAGCGACCCCAUCUGGCAUCAGAGAACCAACCAGGACAACAAGAAGCAGGUGAUGACAUAGGGGAGGAUCGUUUGGGUGGUCCAGAUGACGACAUUUUGGUUGUCUACUUUAUCAUUCGCCGCACAUGGACUUUUCUGCGCACCUUCUUCAGUUGCAUUGUGGAUGUCGUCAAGUCAAUAUGGCAAGGUCUCCUAAAGCUGCGAGGCGAUUAG